AUGAUCACAGUUACCAAGGAUGGGGAGUUGAUGACCAACUAUUCCACAAUCAACCCAGUCCCGGCUGGUGAGGUCUUCGGGGUCUUUACCGAUCACACGAACCAGCCCGCUGUGAUGAGUCUCAGUGAGGACAACAUUCUAUAUCUCAUCAUCAGCAACAACGGCAAAGUCACCCGUUUUAACUUCGGUAAAAGCUCGGGCGUAGUCGGAGAGGGGAGGAAGGUCCUGGCCUUUGCGGUGCAGCAGGCCCCUGAUGGCACGUUGGAUAUCUGUAUGGCAGUCAAUCAGCCCACAGACAGCUGUCACUUCUACCUGCUGCAUGCCAUUAAGCCGGAAGGCCUUCUUCACCCUAUACCUUUGGACAAGAUCAUUAAUUCAGUGGACUUCCCCAUCGUCAAGCACAUAUAUAUGGGCAACAAAUCCACCGCCAUAUCCAGGUCCCUUCCUCUCGUGAUGAUUGCCUUCAAUCGACCAGACCGACUUACCAAAACGGAAGAUCUCAACUUUGUCAAGUUCAAUGGAAAGAAAGCUGAGCGUAACGGGUGCUGGAAUACCCAUGCAAACCCCAAGGAGAUUCUGGCGGUAGAGCUCGGAACAUGCAAUAUGGGAGAUGGGGCGUUGAUUCUGUAUAAAGGCCACAGUGGCAACAGCCACCUGCUUUUUCAAACGUUUCCCAGCCCGGAAGAAAAUGAAGAAAAAUUCUCCGUUGAGCCUGUGUGUCCAAAGGGGGCGGUGGGACUGAGUAGCUUCCUUGAUCCCCAAACGCGAACGACAAAUAUGUUAGUUGCAGGCACGGCUAUCAGUUGUUUCCAUCCUAAAGAUUACCUCUCGCCCAAAGGCACUGGGAAGGUAAUUGAUACUCUAGAGAAGGUCCCUGGGCUGAAGGAUAUCCACUGCUCCCAGACACGAGGGCAUCUUCGCCUAUGGUAUACAACAGUACAAAAUGCAGUAUACUACUAUACCACCACAACCGCAGACCUGACAGAAGGGCUAAGUAUUCCGCUGAUCCCCGAAGGACAGGGCGGCCGUGUGUCUGGUCUUCUCUGUUCUCAGGCGAGAGAUGAGAAGAGGGAUCUUCUAGUCAGCAGUCUUCUUUCCGUGGACCAGGAUGCAAACAUCUGUCUCCUCCAACAAGACUCGGCUUCUAAGGUCUGGCAAAAAUAUCCUUUCUUUGUGUCUUCGGAGAAGGAUGUCAGGGAAGUGCAGAGCUAUAUGCUCCGAUUCCGAGUAAUCCAAAAGAAGGGCUCUGAAGAACUCAAUGACGGCGAUGAGCGCGACAUGAUCCUUGGUUCUUCGCUGUAUGUCACCUGCUCGGGUCUUGUCCGGUGCUUUAUUAAUGGAAAGGCUAUGACCAUCUCACCCACUGGCGGUUGGUAUCAGACUGAUGCCAAGGGAGUGCUUAACAUCCUUCUGCAAACCGAGGACGCCACCUGCCAUCAAUUCGCUGCUCAGCGCUAUCGCCCGGCAGAGGUGCCCGGCGAAAAGCCACCACGGAACAGUGAGAGAGUUAUAGCGGACCCCAUGCUAGAUCCUUCGGAAAAGGUGAUCGGACGACUCAAAAACAUCAAAACCGAGGCCGAUCUCCGAGGGCUUUGCAGGCAGGAUGGAACCCCACUAGUUGGGCCAGACGUGGCGGAUGGAGAUGUCUGUCGGGCUGCGAAGGCGUUCCAACAGCUGUCUGACCGGGCAGGUGAGAUUCACCUCGACAAAUAUUCAAAGCGGAGGGUAUACGAGAUGGCUAUCCUGGAGUUGAACGGUCAGCCUGCCAGUGGGGUGAUUGCACCCUGUGGGCUUUUGGAUGAUGCAGGGGACUGGUUGGUGGGAGCCUGGAAUUGGGUCUCAGAGAAAGCGCAGGAUGCGAUUGACUGGGGUCUCACGCUUGUCGGCGAUGUCUGGAAAUUCAUUGUGAAGAUUGGUGAGGGAAUUUUCGAGAUUGCUCUAACGACCAUCACCUCAAUCAUCAAGGGCAUCGUGUGGGUUUUCAAGAAGAUCGGUGCCCUUAUUAAGGACAUCAUUGAGGCCCUUGGAUUUCUCUUUGGUUGGGGUGAUAUCCUGGACACCACAGAUAGUAUUGUGGCUGGAUUCAACGCAACCCUGGACCACGGCAAGACAAUGCUGGACUCUGCUGAGGGCACCGUUCACGACUGGUUGGAGACUAUGGGCCGCACACUCAAGCAACAGCUGCCCAUGCUCCAGGAAUAUGAGUACGAGAGAGGCUUGGAGAAUAUGGCGUUGGGAAAAGUGCUAUCGGGGAGCAAGCAGACUGAUCGUGAUGAGGUGAAGGACAGCGUCGCGUACAACUGGUCAGCCUACAACUUCACCUACGGAGGAGGCACAAGCAAUGUAGUUUUGGUUGAUAAUGUCUCCAAAUAUGCAUUUGGGGUCGAUGAUGAGCUGCUGGAGCUGUGGGAUACGGCCAUUGAACAACUCGGCGCCAUGACCAAUACGGUGGUCAAACUUGCCGACGAAUUUAUCGCAAUUUUCCAGUCUGGCAAACUCAACAUCCGGACAUUGAUCAGCAAACUGGGCACCAUUCUCAUCGAUGAGCUUGUCAAUGCGCUCAAAGGAUUAGCAGAUAUCAUCUUCCGCGCUGUGUCGGCAGGGAUCAGCAUUGCUAAGGACCUGGGAAAUGCCAAGAUCGAGAUUCCAAUCAUCAGCUGGGUCUGGGAAAAUUUGAUCGCAAAGGGCCGACCAUUAACCCUACUCAACUUCUGUGGCCUUCUGGUUGCCAUCCCCACAACAGUGCUGUACAAAGCAAUCAACAAGUCCGCGCCCCCGAAACUGAGCAGCCGAGUGAACAAGGAUACGUUUGCUCAGCACGUCACUAGCAAGGGAAACCCCAACCUCUCGAAAGACAUCAACAACUUUACCCUCUGUUCCAAGUCAGGGUUGGGACUAGUGUCGGAGGAGUUUAGUACCCUCGGGCUCCUGGCCGAUGGGACCUUCGAAGGGCUGGGGCUCAGUGGAAUCCCGAGUGGGUUCAUUAACAACUUCAUGGAUAUAUUCGACUCUGUUUCAUUGACAUUUGAGGUCGUGGGUGGAUUUGUAGAGUGGCCUAUUGUCCCGGAUGGCCCCAGGGCAGAGUGCCCUAGCGAUUUUGACCUUGCCACAUUCAACAAGUACUCAGGAUUGGCCAUGAAAGCCGUCGACAUGGGAUCCGACGUAAUCAUCAAGGUUGUGGCCAAAUCAAAAAAAGCACCGCGCCCAGUCGUCAAACGCUGGAAGGCCACCGUGGGCGCCGUUACCUCGGUGCCAAAGCUGUGUUUAUCUAUUUCCAACGGCAUUCAAGAUAACCAAGAAGGAAAGAAGAACAAUCUCCUGGUCAUCAACGAGUUCCUUGAGGCCGCGCUGGAAUUCGGAAAGCAAUGGGGGAGUCGGUUGCGGUGUGGAACAGCGAGAUUCAGAAUCCGGUCAUUGGACUUUGGAAUGGGGAUGAUCGAGUAG